AAGUAAAAUUUUCUCGUUUGAGAUUGAACUGAGACAGUGUUGAUUAUAAUAUUUGUGAAUUGUAUUUGGCAUCGGUGAUGCACGUUGUAACGAAAAUAUUUACGAAUAUCGGAUACUUUAUUAUUGCUGGUCAUUUGUUGUAUGCGUUCGCACUUGUUAAAAUAGCGACUGAAACAGCAAAGGCUCACGUUAACGUUGUAAACAGUCGUUCAGUAAUAAUAUGAAAAGGACUUGGGAAAAGUUAUGGGCAAACAUGAUCGAACGAUCGUACGGAUAAGAGGAAAUGAAUAGAUCCUAAUUAUUUAUUGGUGAUGAUCAAAACAUACGUGCAUCGAUGCCACUCGAAAAUAACGCGUUCAAUUUACGAAGUGUCGCAAGAGGUGUGAGUUCGUAGUACGUACAGCUAAUACGUACUCUCCGUGCUAUUACAGUCGUCUACGUAUUAAACGAAAUUCCGAAAAUACCCGAUCCCAUUUAUAAAAACGUACCACGUUCGGUUAGCUGCAUGGAUAACUACGCUCGUAAAGGAAUUCGUCAUUCCGAGCCUGUCGGUUGAUCCAACCCCAGCAUGAAAAAUAUUUUGCAUAUCGUCAUCUGCGCCACGGUCAUUUUUCUAAAUCACGGCUAUGCUCUCAGCGAAGAUACUUUUCCGGCUGGAUUCAUGUUCGGAACUGCGACGUCAUCGUAUCAGAUCGAAGGAGCCUGGAAUGUUAGCGACAAGGGACUAAGCGACUGGGAUCACUACGUGCACACCUGUCCGAGUUGCAUAACGGAUCAUUCAACCGGCGACGUUGCUUGCAACUCUUACUACAAGUACAAAGAAGACGUAGCGUUGGUUAAAAACAUUGGGUUCAAUUUUUAUCGAUUUUCUAUCAGCUGGCCGCGAAUUAUUCCAAACGGUUAUACAAACAAAGUGAGCCAAGAUGGUAUUCGAUAUUAUCACAAUUUGAUAGACGAGAUACUCGCGAAUGGCAUCGAACCAUUUGUCACCAUCUACCAUUUCGACCACCCUUAUUUUUUGGAAGAAAUGGGUGGAUGGAUGAACGAGAUGAUGAUCGACCGUUACGUGGAAUACGCCCGGCUUAUUUUCAAAGAGUUUGGAAGCAAAGUCAAACAUUUUGUGACAAUCAACGAACCUCAGCAGUUGUGUGUAGGAUAUCUGGAAAACAGCAUGCCACCUGCUAAAGAAUUGCUCGAAAUUGGAAUUUGGCGGUGUCAAACCAACGUUCUGAAAGCCCAUGCUCGAGCAUACCACAUGUACGACGCCGAGUUCAGAACAUCUCAGCAUGGUCAAAUCGGCAUGACAUUCCCAUGCGAGGGAAUGAUAUCUUUCGACGAUGUUCAAGCUGCCGCCGGAGACACCGCUUUUCAAUUCGGCUGCGGUAUGAUGGCCCAUCCCAUUUACGUCGGUGAUUUUCCCCCGAAGGUCAAGACGAGAAUAGCUAAAAUGAGCAAAAUGCAAGGUUAUCCCAAAAGUCGUCUCCCCGAAUUGUCUCCGGAAUGGAUAGCGUACAUAAAAGGGACAUGCGACUACUUCGGAUUGAAUCACUACACGUCUACGAUAAGCAUCCCCGAUCCUGAUGAAGCGCUUGGAAUAUACAAGAAUGAUUUGGGUUACUUGUCCGUCUUUGAUCCUAGCUGGGCUUCGUCAUCGGCUUCCUGGUUGAAAGUUGUACCCAGGGGAUUUCGCAAUGUUCUAUGCAAGAUCAAAGACGAAUAUAAUAACCCGCUGGUCUACGUUCUCGAGAACGGUUACCCCGACUACGGGGAAUUGAAUGACUAUGAACGAAUACGAUACUUUCAAUCCUAUUUGAAGGAAUUGUUAAUAGCCAUCAAAGAGGACGGCUGUCGCGUAUCGAGAUACACAGUUUGGAGUCUAUUGGAUAACUUUCAACUGAACGCAGGUUACACACAACCAUUUGGAAUCGUGAAGGUCGAUUUUGAUGAUCCAGAGCGAAAUAGAACGGAAAAACUAUCGGCAAACUGGUGGAGAGAAACUAUUCGGACACGUAAAUUGCGGGACAAUGAUGAUGGUAGAUAAAAAAUGUUGUGCCGAGACGUCGAUGUGGGAAAGGUUUGCUGUGACAAAUUCGAACGGCCGUAGCAAAGAUAUGUAAAUAUUUCGUAAAAGUCGUAUCCAUUGAUCGAGUGAGCCCAAUUGUUAAGGGGGGGCCGAGCGAAUUUGAAACGUUUCGAGAGUCGCAGUCCGAAAGGAAUGAAUAAUCAAUUUACCUCUAGUUGUCAUAAGUACCGACACUUCGAUUCAUAAAAUAUUGACGAAGACUCAAGCAGUAGGAAAAACUUUUACAAACUAUUGAGAAAAUCGUCGAGGAAACUAUCUUCUAUACAUAUAUGUAUGAACUAUAGUAUAGAACUUCCCCAUGCUAAUAGUUCAGACUUCAUUGCCGAUAGUAAAUUGGCGAGGUGUCGAUAGCCUUAUUCGAUAAUGCCAAUGGCGAAGUUUCUUCCAUAUUAUGUACCGUUCGGAAAACGUGAGUCUGCAUCAGCUGACAAAAUGACGUUAUACGAGGUUAUCUGAAAUCGCAGAUAAUUGAUUUCCAUACCCGGCUUUGAUAAUCGGCAAACGUCGGACGACCGCCAAACAUAUGUCUUGCACAUUCGACCGCGUCAACAACCAUAUUGUCACUUCCAUUAUGCUUAGGUGUCAACGACUGAAGCAGAACGGAAGUGACAGAAAAAAGGAGAAUCAUCGUGAUUUGAAUGUACUGUUUUCUCAUUGCUUUUUAUAAAUAUUAACAACCCA